CUCUCUCUGGAACUUGUGCGCGGGGGAGGCAUCGAGCGUCGGCGAUGGCUUCGGCGGCGCCUCCGAGCCCGCACCAGCUGAUGUUCCCGGGCGCGCGGCUCUCGACCUGCGCGUCCGCGAGGCGGGGGUCCCUCAGCCCCUCCCCGCCGCCGCCGUCGGCGCUGUUCCCCUCGCAAUCGCUCUCCAGGGCCCCCGAUUCCGCGCUCUGCCACUGCCGGAGCAACCCCUCGGAGGGCGCGCCCUCCCCUCCCGGCGACGGCGGCGACGGCGACCCCGCCCCGUGGGGGUGGGACUCCGCCAUCUGGGGCCUGCUGAAAUCAGCGGCGAGGGCGUUCGAUUCCUACGUGAACGCGCGCGCGAAGGAGCCCGAGGGCGCCCGCGGCGGCGGCGGCUCCGUGCGGGGAGAAAGGAAGGGGGUGGCGGCGGAGGGAGAUGGGGAGGAGAGCUGGGAUUGGGAUCGGUGGAAGCAGCACUUUGAGGAAAUCGACGGGCAAGAGCGUCUGCUUUCGAUAUUGAAGGUUCCUGGUUGUUUCCUCUUUUCACAAUUAAGUAAUGCUGUGCUCAAAGAGGAUUAUGAAGAAGCCGGGAGGCUUAAGGUGGCAAUUGCAGCUGCAUCCACCGGUGACACUGUUGGCAGAGUGAUGUCUUGCCUGAAAAGUGCCAUAAAUGAAGAACGUUAUCAGGAUGCAGCUUUUAUGCGAGAUAAUGCUGGUACUGGAUUGGUGGGAUGGUGGUCUGGGACUUCAAAUGAUACAUAUGAUCCAUAUGGUAUAAUAAUUCGUGUUACUGCAGAGCAUGGAAGAUAUGUGGCAAGGAGUUACAGUCCUCGGCAACUUGUGACAGCCGCACGUGGUGUUCCCUUGUUUGAAGUUUUCUUGAAGGUGGACAAGAAAGGCGAAUACCAGCAACAGGCUGUGUACUUGAAGCGGAGGGAAGUUAUUCAAGAUCCUCCUUUAGGUUCUUUGUUGUCUGUUUCUGAAAGCAAUACUAAUCCAGCAGACUCAAUUGAGGGAAAAAAUGAUGUCGUCAUUGCCACUACAGAAGAUGAUGAGGAUGGUAGUGGUAGGGAAGAUGGUUCUGAUCUUUCUGAGCAACUUCCUGGUUUUCAGAAUAUUCUGAGAGAUAUGAUUCCUGGUGUUAGGGUCAAGGUUAUGAAAGUUACAGCACCAGGGAAAGUUGACAAGGACCUUAUAGCUAAGGUGAUUGAGCAGAUGAUGGAGGAUGAAGAGGAAGAAGAUGAUGUGGACACUGAAGAUUUAGAGGCUGAAGAUGAAGUCAAGAGUGAAAGUGAUCAAGAGAGAGAUGAGGUGGAAAUGGAUGCGAUUCCUGGAGUUAUUGAAAGUGAAGGGCCAAAUGAGUUUGCGGUUAAAGUUGUUGUUGGUGGCCUUGUGCAGAAACUUUCUACCAAUGUCCCUACAAAAGACUUACUUCGAGUGCCAGCAAUCCUAGAGAAAAAGGGUCGUUCUUCAUUUUGUUUCUCGAUGAUUAAGGAUGUCAGUGGAAAGGACUCCAGCGGCAGGAAACAGUCUUCCGUGGGUAGGGAAGCUAAGUUCCGGAGUGGUCGUAGUAUUGACCAAGUUAUGCUUGAUCUUGCCAAGUUCAUUGGUGGGGAGAAAAUACCAAUGAAGGUUCUAAAAGAUGUCGGUGAAUUGAUAAGCCUCACUCUCAGCCAAGCUCAAAAUCACAGAUCCCUUUCUGGAUCAACAACCUUUAAUCGCAUUGAAAUACCAACUUCUUUUGAUCCUCUAAGUGGACUGUACAUUGGUGCACAUGGAAUUUACUCCUCAGAGGUCAUUCAUUUGAGACGUAAAUUUGGACACUGGCAAGAGGAUGGUCCGACCAAGGAUCGAACAGAACUCGAGUUUUACGAAUAUGUUGAAGCCUUAAAACUCACAGGAGAUCGCUAUGUGCCAGCUGGAAAGGUGGCAUUCCGUGCUAAGAUUGGUAAAAGAUAUCAGCUUCCCCAUAAAGGAAUCAUUCCAGAAGAACUUGGAGUGAUUGCUAGAUACAAAGGACAGGGAAGGCUUGCUGAACCUGGAUUUCAAAAUCCGAGAUGGGUGGACGGUGAGCUGGUUAUUUUGGACGGGAAGUACAUUAAAGGGGGGCCUGUCGUUGGGUUUGUCUAUUGGGCCCCUGAAUAUCACUUCUUGGUGUUCUUUAACCGGCUAAGGCUUCAAGAUUAGACUCACAUUGUACAUAGCGUCUGAGCGUGCUACCAUUUUCUCCAGGCAUGGAGUAAGUUAUUCCUCACUUGAGGUUAAGUGGGUUUGCUGGUAGUGAAGCUGUCAUUUAGUUCUCUAACAGUGAAUGAGUUGGACACGUUAGUUCAUUUGUUAUAGGUUACCAAUUAACUUUUACCAUGAAGACGACACUUCAAUCCUUUGCCGGGUACAUAGUCAAACAUUUUUUGCUUGAGGAGAUCUUUCUACCACCUUUUCUUCUUCUGAAAAUCCAUAAAUAUGCAGUAACGGUGCCUAUAAAAUCAACCCUUUCAUAUCUGCUGAUGUUGAUAAGAGUUCUGAAAAGUCCUUCUAUUGUUGGUUUUCUUUCAAUUAUGAUUAGUGGCACACAUGUAAACCCUUAAUCCCCCUUUCCUUGCUGCUCCAGUUUCCAAAAUCUCGAUACAGCAUGUUUCAUUUACAUCUUUGUUCAAUGAGAUGGCAUAUGCUUUUACCAUGUGCUUGUCUUUAGGUAGACAUCCGCCCAAAGUGCUACUAUAUUGCAGCUGGUUACAAUAGCUAUAGGCGAUUUGCCUGUGGAGUGACCUGCAGAGGGAGGAUGCUUCUUAAAUGCUCCGAUGGCCGAAUGGGAAGAAAAAGCAUAUGCUGAUGAUGAAGUCCCCUUCGCUAUUGCGCUACUUCCUUUUUGUCAUGCCGGAGGUCUCUCGUGGGAUUCUGACCACUUCUUGGUCAUUCGUCCUUGAUGGGUUCCGCUUCCAGGCUGAGGAUGUAAGAGUGUAGUCAGAGACACUAAUGGAGCAAAGGCCUCUCAAGGUAUCCUCUUCAUGGAUUAUCUUCAGUCUUUGCCAUACUGAGCUAAAUUCUUCGAUACCUUGUUCUCGUCUCCUUUGAUAUCUAACGUCAUGAUCCCAAAUGUAAAUGAAGAUGGGAUAUUUUUGACGCGUGAGAAGGGUGUUUGGAUGCGUUUAUGGCUUCACGAGAUCUAUCUUAUUAGAACUUUAUGUAGUCUCCCUGAUGAUAUAUUCACUGUUUGGGGAUGGCAAUCUUCUUCUCAAAA